AUGGCUCUGUCUCUGCGCCGCGCGAUCGCCACGCGCUGCUCGUCCACGAGGCCGUCUCACGCGCUCGUCCGCACUUUGUACCGGCAGCAACAGGCCGCGCAGCACACGCACACGCUCGUGCUCAUUCGUCACGGCGAGAGCGAGUGGAACAAGCAGAACCUCUUUACGGGCUGGUACGACGUGCAGCUCUCGGACAAGGGCAACAAGGAGGCCGCUGCGGCGGGCCAGCUCCUCAAGCAACAAGGCUACACGUUCGACGUCGCCUACACGUCGUACCUCCAGCGGGCGAUCCGGACGCUGUGGCACGUGCUGGAACAGACGGACCAAAUGUGGAUCCCCGUGCACAAGACGUGGCGACUCAACGAGCGCCACUACGGCGCGCUCACGGGUCUGGACAAACAAGCGACGGUCGAGCAACACGGCGCGGAAAAGGUCCUCGAGUGGCGUCGGAGCUACGACGUUCCGCCGCCGGCGCUGGACCCGGCGAGCGAGUCCUAUCCCGGCCACGACGUCAAGUAUCGGGACGUGCCAGCGGCCGAACUGCCCUUGGCCGAGUCCCUCGAGCUCACGGCUGCCCGUGUCUUGCCCGAGUGGCACAACACGAUCGUCCCCAGCAUCAAGGCGGGCAAGAACGUGGUGAUUGCUGCGCAUGGCAACAGUUUGCGGGCACUUGUGAAGCAUCUGGACAACAUCUCGGAAGCCGAGAUCACGGGGCUCAAUAUCCCCACGGGUGCACCGCUCGUCUACCACUUGGACGAAGACCUCAAGCCUAUUCCGCAUCGAGACGCAAUUGCACCCCUCGGUGCCUUUUACCUCGGCGACCAAGACGAGAUUCGCAACCGGAUCCAGGGCGUCAAGAACCAGACAAAGUGA